AGCUUUAAUCUGCCAGUAUGAUUUUGGAGCAGCUUGAGCACCUAGCAAUAACCCACAUAUAUACAGGGAACAUACAUGUUAAUGCGCUGGCUCAGGGGCGGACUGACAACUCAUGGGGCCCCCAGGCAAUAGGGGAUCAUGGGGCCCCUGUGUCCUUGCCCAAACUCAAAAAAGCCUAUGAAAAAGGUACCAGGUGCAUCUAAUGGGGCCCCCUACUGACCCCGGGCCCUCGGGCAGUGCCUGAGUUUCCAAAUGGUCAGUCCGCCCCUGC